AUUGGAAACGCUGUCAUUACGUUUGUCUCCUCCGGCUCUCUGUAGAUCACCGACAUAUUGUUUGUGAGGAGCAAAUUCUGGAAGACAAGGAGAGUGCUACGAUUACAGCGUUGAUAUAACCAGUCAUCAAAUCGUAUAUCAGUAAAGAAAGCACGAUGGAGCCUUCAGGAAGUCCUGCGAAGGAUAAUUUCAGGAUGAACCGCUACAAGAACAAAGCACUCAACCUGGAGGAGAUGCGUCGGAGAAGGGAGGAGGAAGGCAUUCAGCUGAGGAAACAGAAACGAGAGCAACAGCUGUUUAAGAGGAGAAAUGUGGAGCUGCUUGGUGAAGAAGGGGGGAUGUUUGACAGUCCACUUAUGGAUUCCUACGUCUCGUCCACCACAGCCCCAGAUGGAGUAAUUACAAGAGACAUGGUUGAAAUGCUCUUCUCAGAAGAUCCUGAACUACAACUGGUCAUGACACAGAGGUUCAGAAAACUACUUUCCAAAGAACCAAACCCUCCUAUUGACGAGGUGAUAAGCACACCGGGAGUUGUGAGUAGAUUUGUUGAGUUCCUUCAGAAAAGUACAAAUUGCACAUUACAGUUUGAGGCCGCUUGGGCACUGACCAACAUCGCGUCUGGAACAUCUCAGCAGACAAAGUUUGUGAUCGAGGCCGGUGCCGUACCUGUCUUUAUCGAGCUUCUUAACUCAGAGUUUGAAGACGUGCAGGAGCAGGCUGUUUGGGCUUUGGGGAACAUUGCGGGAGACAGCGCUGUGUGCAGAGAUUUUGUGCUAAAUUGUAAUAUCCUUCCUCCUCUGCUAAUGCUGCUGACCAAAUCCACUCGUCUCACAAUGACCAGGAAUGCUGUGUGGGCCUUGUCCAACCUCUGCAGAGGCAAAAGUCCACCCCCAGACUUUGAGAAGGUGUCUCCAUGCCUGCCUGUGCUGUCCCGUCUUUUAUUCAGCAGUGAUUCAGACCUGCUGGCUGAUGCCUGUUGGGCUUUGUCCUAUCUCUCCGAUGGGCCCAAUGAGAAGAUCCAGGCAGUUAUUGAUUCAGGGGUCUGCAGGAGGCUGGUGGAGCUGCUCAUGCACACCGACUACAAGGUGGCCUCUCCUGCUCUGAGGGCUGUUGGAAACAUUGUUACAGGAGAUGACAUUCAGACACAGGUGGUGUUGAACUGCUCAGCUCUCCCCUGCCUCCUGCACCUGCUCAGUAGCGCCAAGGAAUCCAUCAGGAAGGAGGCCUGCUGGACCAUCUCCAACAUCACAGCGGGAAACAGAGCGCAGAUUCAGGCCGUAAUAGAUGCAAACAUCUUCCCAGUCUUGAUAGAUAUCCUACAGAAAGCCGAAUUCCGCACCAGGAAGGAGGCGGCGUGGGCGAUCACUAAUGCCACGUCAGGUGGUACACCUGAGCAGAUCAGGUAUCUGGUCAAUUUGGGCUGCAUUAAACCUCUCUGUGAUCUGUUGACUGUGAUGGACUCCAAGAUCGUUCUGGUGGCUCUGAGUGGUCUGGAGAACAUUCUCAGACUGGGCGAGCAGGAGGCCAAACAGAACGGCAGUGGCCACAACCCUUACUGCAGUCUGAUAGAGGAAGCCUAUGGGUUGGACAAAAUCGAGUUCCUACAGAGUCAUGAAAAUCAGGAGAUCUACCAGAAAGCCUUUGACCUCAUCGAGCACUACUUUGGAGUAGAGGAAGAGGAUGCCAGUCUGGCGCCACAGGUGGAUGAGAACCAGCAGCAGUUUCUUUUCCCGCAGCAGGAGGCCCCCAUGGAGGGCUUCCAGCUAUAACCAGCCGCCCCUUACCUUUACACCCAUCCCUGCACCCAAUGCGGCUACUAAACCAUAUGCCGGAAACACUCAACCACUGAAAUCUGAGUGAACCAAAUUUCGACCCAUGACCCAGACUGAUUCAUUUAGACACUGAGGUGUGUCUCACACAAGAGAGCUGGAUUUUAGUUUCUUUCAUUUCCCCCCCUCGGUGAUGCAGCUAUAUAAUCAUCCCCUCAGGUAGAAAUCGUGGCGCUGUGUCCUUGCUACAAUUCUCCCCUUUCACUGAAAGAUGAGAGAAUUGUUUUCUCAUUUAUUUAAAAUCAGAAAAUCCAAACCCUUCAUCUUUUGAUCCUGGUUUUUUUCAUCGUUUUGCAUUUCUAGAAUUCCUUUUUUUGUUCAUUAUUCAUAUCCUGGUAAUUAAACAAGCCUGGUUGUGUUUGAUAUGGCUGUGCUUUAUAAACGAAACUCUACCGUAAUAUCUGCAGAUGCGUUUCAUGAGGAUUUAAGCACUCUUCAAAGCCUUUGUGAAGCCGUUUCAUUUCUCUUAGUAUUAGUAUUCAUCAUUUCAGACCAUGCUGGGUGUGGAGUUUAUGUAGAGUCUAUUUGACGUGGUGGUGUUGAAAUAAUCCAGGUAUUUUAGUAAAAGAGUAUCCUAACAUAAGUCAUUACUGUUAAAAGACAAUGACUGGAAAAGUGGGGCCCAAAGAGCCCAUUUAGUAAAGAUAAUGCCCAGUUUUCUUUUCUUUUUUUUCUUUUGUUUUAAACCAGUCAGAGGUGAAAUAUCUAGUUGUAGGAUGUUCGUGGUGUGCAGUGUUAUGAAUUACUCUUCUUUUGAUCAAAAGGCUUUAACUUUGAAAUGUGAUCUGGGGGAAAUACACACACAUCUGAGGGCCGGAUUGAUGCAUAAUAAUUAAUAAUUAAAUAUUCACAAUAAACAAUAAUUCUGCUCUGUUUUUAGUCAUUAAUUGGUGCAUAGUAAUUCUGGGUGGUUCGAGGUGUUUGUUCAGCGCAGCCCUCAGUAUGUGCAUGUUGGGGUUUUGCAUGGUGUUCAACGAUCAUUUUGUAUCCCUUGCCAGAUCUUCAUUCAACAAUUAGCUUGCACUCAUUAGAUGGAGUAGUUCCGGUUUCUGUAGUUUUGCAGGUGCUUUAGGUAUGGCAAGGAAUACUUAUUUAAAUGAAAUAUAUGGGAAAAAAUAU